AUGGACGGCAAGCGCGGCGCUCAGCGACGGCCGCUCAGCGAGCUGGAUGCAGAACAGGUGGCAGAAAGGUCCAUGCAGGGAGAUGUAGUCGAUGAGGUAUGCCGUCGUCUAUCGCUAUUGCAGACGGCGCGGCCGCGCCGACAUCAGAGCAAAGGCGUGCGACUGGGUAGCGUCGCCCGCGAAUUUACCGUCUUUGAAGACCCAUGCGGCGUGUACGGCGCCCCGCCACGCGCUACGACAGUCACAUAUGCCCAUGACAACAAGGAGAACCACUAUCCUGCCUAG